GAACUUCCAACACCUGGUUGUGCAGACUUUAGACGGUAUCAUUGCCACCUUGCCGCUCAAUGCGUCUGACCAGAACAUCAUGAGUCCCAUGGAAAUUAACCUCAGCAAGGAGGAGUGUACAGACCAGAAACAAAUCUUUGACUUGAGCAAAGAGCCCUGGAGGAAAGUGGAAAGGUUCCAAGCUAAAUCUAGCAAGUGUUCAUACACUGUGAUUGGAAAUUCGUUGGACAACUUCAUAGACCCUGGCAUUGGUAACAUUUACAAGUACCAGUACCUGCGGGGAGGCAAUGGGUCAGACACCUAUGUCUUAGGCCAUGCAUACGGCUAUGAGAAUGAAAUUGACAAUGAGGCAGGAGACAUGAAAAUGGACAACCUCUUCCUCCAGGUCCUCUAUGAAGACGUCGAAGUUCUCCUGGAGAGACCCCACAUUAUCAUGUUCUCCCGCUCUAGAAACGACUCAGUCCGUGUCCGCUUGCUAAAGUACUUGAAGGGGCCGAAGUUCCAGCACCUCCUGGUUCGUUCCUUGGACGGAUUUCUGUUCGAAAUCAAUGGUGAUUCUUACCCCUACAAGUCCGUCCUCAGCAUUGACAUGGCAUCCUCCUCCAAGAGCUGCAACAUCAGCUGUGCCUCAUCAGGAAGCGAAUUUAGCAAUGUUUCUAGAAUACGCGGAGCCACUGCUUUCAGUAACUACAUCACGGGCAGCAACAGCAGUUUCCUCAUUGCCGGGGGCAACAUGAAUGACUAUAUCCAUGGCAACCAGGGAAGCGAGAAGAUUGAGGGCUUUGGAGGAAAUGACAUCAUCAUUGGAAAUGGUGGGAACGACGUACUGGAGGGUGGAGAAGGGGAGGAUGAAAUCCAGGGCGGUGAGGGAGACGACUUCAUCUACGGGGGAGGUGGGUCCGACAGGAUUGACGGGGGUCCUGGGAUCGACACAGUGUUCUUUAGUGGAGACGUGCAGAUGGGCAGCGGGGUCACAGUGGACCUGCACUCAGGCAGGGGGUGGGGAGCAGACGCAGAGAAUGACACCUUCACUGGUGUUGAGAGGGUGAUCGGGACAGAGUUCAACGACCUGCUGAUCGGCGACAACGAGGACAACCAGCUGAUUGGGAAAUUUGGAAAUGACACUCUGGUGCCGGAACACGGGUCAGACCUGCUGUGCGGGGGGCCGGGAAGAGACCUCUAUAUUCUGGACGACAGCAGCGGAGUGAAACACAUCGACAACUUCGCCUCCGACGGGAUCGAGGAUAGUGUUCUAAUUCGUAACUUCGCCCCACAGGACGCCUGCUUCUUUACUCUAGAAGGAAACCUGGUUGUUUCUCUGCAUUACCGAGACCCUCUUCUAAACCUGAUUGGGAGAGACUCGCUCACUGUUAUUUUUGACAACUGGAGCAGCAACCGCUCGCUUUACCAGCACAUCAGCUUUGCCUUUGCAAAUGACACCCUGAUUGACUCAUCCUACUUCAGCUCAGCCGCUGAGAUUAGCCCCUCCCUCAAGGCUUGUAACUCAUCUCUCCCACCCCUCAGCGUGACACGUGCUAAUGAGACAGCCAUUGAACUAGAAGACAUGGCUCUGGGGAGAGUAGGAAGUGUGGCAGAGUCAAUGUUCCGCUAUAAUUUAAAAGUGUCAGACCAGCUUUUCCACACCGACACUUUAACUUGGGGUAACAGGCCCUCAUUGGAAAUCAGUGGCCUCCUUUCUGGAGUCCUUUACACCUUUCAGCUUUACCUGACGAAAUGUGAGGUUCCCGUUUUGGUUUUAUGGGAGGCAGCACAGAGAACGAAACCCAAUCCGCCAGCAUCUCUGAAAGUGCUGCACAUCACCCAUAGCAGUGUGAUGAUAAACUGGGCAGCACCCCCUGAGGGAUCUGACCCCAACAGCGAGAGUUACGCUUACAUGGUGCUUGUGGAAGAAGACAGCGGUGACCUGGUGACGCACUUCAACACCAGCGACACCAGGGCGGAAAUCCGCGACUUAAAACCCAAAUCUGCAUACAGGGUCGCUGUGUCGUCGGUAAUGAAAGAGAUGGAAAGUCAGAAGGCUGUCUUUCCACCCAUAGAAACUCUAAACAUAUGCCUAGGCUUCAUCGCCCCCAGUGGAAGCACUAUCGUUGAGGAGAAAAUGACAGCGGAUGGACCGGUGGCGGUGAUUGAGUGCCUGGAGGGCUACCAGCUGACCUCCGGCUCUGAAAUUCAAUGCACACCAACAGACCUAUUGCAACCCUUGGACAGACCCUGUGUCCCCAUAGGCUGCAUCCAUCGGCGCGACCGUGUUCCUCAUGGCAGUACGAUCUCUGUUAUCUGUCUUGGCUUUCUCUUUGAAAGCAUGUGUCGCUACGGGACUUUACAACCCACCCCUCCGGUGUGCUGUGGGAGCCCGCCGGAGAUCAACAACGGGCAUCACCAAUCCUCGCGACACUCAAACUCCAUUACAAUUUUCUACAGCUGUGACCCAGGCUAUGCUCUUUCUGGGGUGUCCAGCUUUACAUGCCAGGUAGACUCAGGAGAGUGGUCCCCACCCACUGGAGGAGUGAUACUGGACUGCAUACCAAUCCCUUGUCCUGCCCCUCCCCAGGUUCCUCAUGGUACAUUCUAUUCACCUUCAGGUAGCACAGAGAAUUUCAAAGAAGACGACUCUCUGUACUUGAGAUGUGAUGAUUUCUACCACAGUUCCUCUGAGGACAGCAGCAUAACCUGCCACAGUGGUUACUGGGGACUGAGAACCCCAUCCUGUGAGCCCAACUUCCGUCUUGUCAACGUUCAAGACAACCUUUAUGACUUAGUUGACAAUAUCCAAGCACUGAGAUUUUCUUCCAAAAAUAUUGGUCUCUACGCCAGGCUAUCCUGCGAAGACAGACAGUUGGAGUUUGUAAAAGUGAGAAGUACUCGCAAGACUGCACAGGUGCAGUGUAGAAAAGUAAAGCUGCAGACAAGUGGCUCGGAUUACACAGGGAUCGUUGAAGGGAACGUGGACGGGGCCGGUUGGAGCAAAAUUUGUGUUAAAGACUUGACUGCAGCUAAAGCUGUCUGUGGACACCUGUUUCCUGGUCAUGAAUGGACAGCAUCAGUGAUCGACAGUGGAGAGUUUGUUUCUGAACAGACACACAUCUGCGAUGUCACGGGAUGUAGGUUCAUACCAGAAAGAUUGAACUGCCUCAAACAGAUCCAGUGCAGACACCGCUGUGAUCCCGCUAAUGUUCCCAAUGGCCAAGCAUUUUGUGCCUCCAAUUUUGAAGGAGAAGAAUGUGCUAUAAUGUGCAACCGACUCUAUAAUCUUGAAGUCUCCUCCCAGAUCCAGUGUACCAGUUCUGGAUGGUCAAGCUUUCCCUACUGCAUCGAAAGUGGGCAUUGCGGCUAUGACGAUGAGAGAGGACCCCAUUUCAUGAAGUGCCUGAGUAAGCUUUGGGUCGAGGCGGGUUGUAGCCUCAGCACCGACGGUUCUCCAACAAGGAACCCCAAUUUAGUUAAUUACUGGAACACAUUGACUGUGGGUGAGGUGCGGAGGAACAUGGCCAAAAUGCCCAGUCAAGAUCCAUUCUAUAUAAAUCCCUUUUGCCAGGAAGAUGAGUGCUUCCCGGCCCAUGCCACAGUGCUCGCCAGUGACGGGACCAGGAAGACCAUGGCUGAGCUGCGCUUGGGGGACAGGGUGCUGGCGGUCGACGCUGCUGGCCGGCCCACCUUCAGCGAGGUCCUCCUGUGGCUGGACCGGCGGAGCGGCUCAAGGGAGCGCUACCUCCUGCUGGACACGGAGGGGUCCAAAGAGCCCCUGUACAUCACGCCUGACCAUGUUCUCUUCAUCGCCCCCGACAACGCAACAACCACCGCCUUGGCCAGCGACGCACGCAGGGUCCCGGUGUUCGCCAAAGAUGUCCUCCCGGGCCACCUGGUCUACUUGCAUGACCCCAGCACCGGAUCACUGGAGGCCAAACGCGUGACCGAAGUGAGCGAGGCAGAGAGCCUAGGGGCCUACGCUCCCUUGACUGUGGAGGGGAACCUUGUGGUGGACGGACGCCUAGUUUCCUGCUACACCCUGCAGUGCCGGCAGCAUCUCGCUCACCUCACCUUUGUCCCCUACAGGCUCAUCCACGCCCUGCGCUCCUUCCUCCCUCUCCUCGGAGACCUGCUUCUGGCCCCCCCGCGGCAGGGUCAGGAAGACCAGGAAGGUAUGCACUGGUACGCCAGCGCCUGGUACCAGUUGGGCCUGUGGAUGGGGUAUCCAUUCGGUGAGACGUGCUAUCCCAACGAACUGCAGAGGUACCACUACCCCAGACCUACCUCUGAUCCGCUGUGAAGGCUGCGCACCUAAACUCCUCCACAGUCAGAUAUCAAGAUAUAUAGAAGGAUUAGACUGAUUAUUAUUCAUUUCUUCAAUAAACUAAGGUACCAGUGAGGAUCUCCUACACUGGAUAACUUGUUACAGCUGUUGAUAAGUCAUUGAUAAUAAUCUGCCAAUUUUUUAAACAUCAUUACCAUUAAGAUAUAAGGGAGAUCAUAGCUAUAUUCAAUAAAAUUCACAUGUUUAACCCUU